UCGUCGCCGCCGCGCACAGGCCGGAUACCCAACCGUUGAAGCCAGAGGUUCGAUGUCCAAUUGUCUGGUACCGCUCCUGCAAACGCCCGCAUUAUACUCGUCAUUAUACGCGCAUAGAAGAUAAUAGGAGUAGUCUUUUAAGGUACCCACAGGCCUCGUCCCUGUGGGCCGAGGGAUCAUGGCCGAUAAUCGAGAAAUCGCGUACUGCUCUGCGCGGGCUAAUCCUAUCGCACAUGUUCAGGUAGCUGACUUCUCGCACGUACAAUAUUUGCGGGUGCCACACUCGGAACCUGAAAUCGACGAUCGAGCUGGUAAGGGCGAGCCUGGGGAAGAGCGCGUAGGCCGGGAGCACCAUCCAGACCCACUGGCGCUUCAAAAUCCCCCAUCACCGAAAUCCGCACAAGUAAACUCGCCCAAAUUAAAUAUUCAAACACCUCAAAGUCCUCAGCCCGAUGAGACGAAGUUAGAGAAGGAGACUGCUCCUCUAGCCUCUGGGAAAAAGAGAAAGAACCAGAAAAAGACGGAAAAGGCCAGGCAGAAGGAAAAGGAGAAGAAGGCUGACAAGGCCAAGAACGCCGCAGAGAGCAUGGCGUCCAACGCCGAAUCAUCGCAAACUCCACCGUCGCCAACCGCUAACACGGAUCCUGAAGGUCCAUUGCCUUCGAGUGAGGCUACAAAGGCAGAAUCAUCAUCACCGCCUGACCAGAGCCCUGAUGAGCCAGAAAAGAAGGAACAAGAUAUUGACUCCAAGCCGGUAGCAGAGUCUCAACCGCCAGUAGAGGACGCCAAACACGAAGAGACAGAAGACGGGGAAAUAAAGGCAGCGGAUGUCACAGACGUUGUACCAGCACAUGCGCCGACGAACGAAUCUUCCAAUACGCCGGGCCCGGAGCAGCCUGACGACCCAGUCGCAUCGGAACCCACGCCGGAGCCCGUCAAGCAACCAGAAAGCACCCAUUCCUCUGUGGAUCUUCCGGCUGAUGGUCCCGCUGGAAAAGCGGGCGAGGAAAUAGCACUAGAAGCCGCGCAAAAGCCGGCAAAAGCUGACGAAACCCCCGUGUCUCAACCCUCAGCCAACAGUGCCGGCGACGAGCGCUCGGCCACUAGCGAUUCAACAGCAGCAGACCAAUCUCCUCCAACCGAGAAAGAAAGCAGACCCCGUGAUAGGCAUGCAAAUGACCAGGGGGUUGCAGGACCAACGCCAGGAUCUGACCCGGUCGUUGACAAUUCUGGAACGGGGAAACCUGGUGUCGAUUCAGACCCGUUAAGCGAUAACCCUAGUGCGGAGGCUUCUGCUGAUGCCUUGCCUUCCAAUGAUCAAACGACUAUUAUACACGAGGAGGCGGAGGGCCACGCCCACGUAGAAGAAAACAUCACGGCUAUGCCCGAAUCAGACGGAGCUACUCAUAGUGAAGACAACGGCAAGGCGGAAGACGAAACCGAAGCUACCGGCGCGCCAGGCCCGACCGAAACGGAGCCACAAGCGGAAAACACGCCCGAGGCUUCUGUAGAAUCCAGUGCCCAAGGCAAACUAGAACAAGCCCCACAGAAGGAAGAUGUUGAUACCACGGCUGACGGCGCCCCUGCGCCCAAAGACACUGAGUUAGAAGAAACCAGAUUGGACGAAACCAACAAGCCUAAGAUGGAGGAGAACGAGUCACAAAAUGUGUCAGCCAUUGAGACAAUAGCUGCGACACUUCCUCAAACAGGAGAGACAGAGGAUGAACCGGCAGGCAGAUCGGUUGAACCUGUGGUGCACCCUGAAGGAGUGGUCGACGAAGCUCCCCAGCCAACCAAGGAACAAGUCACGACAGAGAGCGAGGAGCCACACGAUAGUUUGGCGGUGGAUAUGUCUAGUAAUGGGAACGAGGAUGCUAAUAAUCCAGCUGCAGAGCCGCCUAUUCCGACCCCUGGAGAUACUCACCCAGUAGAAUUUUUGAAUACUCAAGAUACCACCGAGUCCGAGAGCACCACUCAGGAAGGCAAAUCUAGCGAUGAGCCGAAGGCCAGUUCUGAUGUUGAGUCGAAGGGUAAUAUCGACGAGUCGGAUACGAACGCAGAAGAUGCUAAACAGAUCGGCGAAGUCGAGGGAGCAGCAGGCACGCAGGAAGUGAAGCCGCUGACGCUAGAGCAAGCUUGCACUGUUGCGGUCCCGCUUACGGAGGAUGCUACUGAGGUGCCGGCUGACGAAAUGCCAGCCAAUAACGCGACUGAAAACCUCGAAAAUAUAGAAAGCGCACCAGACUCCGAAGUGAAGCCAGCUGAUGAUGGUACUGAGGUGGAAGAUGCUAUCCCGCUAGCAGUUCAAGGAACGAAAAACGAUGCUUCUGGGGUUUCCCAUGAAAUCACCUCCCCGAGCAUAGACAGCCCUGCAUCUGAGGCGCAGGGAGGUAAUAGCGGGACACAAGACUUGUCUGAUGAAAAUACAGGGGACAGCCUGAAGCCCUCUGAUUCUAAUCCUGAAAAUAUGGAAGGGGCGUCAAUGGGAGCCUCGGGCGAUGAAAAUACGCAAAUAGCGAUUGAACCCUUAGACCCGCCAAUCUCUACCAACAAUGCUGAGGGAGGUCCCACCGCCGGGGAGGUGUCGUCUAUCCCCGAGACAGAUGACGCUGCUAAAACCACGGUCACCGCUCUUGAUGUAUCUCCUGAGGGAGAGACCCACGACACCAUAGCGGCCAUAGUUGCCGAGUCAACAGAACCAGCCGCUUCAGGUGCACAGGACGAACCAUCCGAAGAACCUCAAAAGUGUGUGGACGGCCAAGCGACCAUUGAGUCUUCAGCAGACGACCCCGACGAAGGAGGAGCAGCAGAGACUAUAGAAGACAAAUACGAGUCUCCACCUGAAAUGAGUCCACCCGAACCGGCACGCCCUGCCGAGUCUACGGAGGCUACUGAGAAAGUAGCGAGUUCAGAAGCGGCCCCCGAGCUCAUAUCUCCCGAGGAUGCGAGUACUAUCCAGGAUAAGCGCGAAAGUAACGAUGAUACGAAUACUGGGCCCCCAAAGGAAACUCCGGCGGAUCCAAUGUCCGUAAAGGAACCCGCAACCUCAGAUGAGGCGCCCGAGCCCAUAUCUCCUAAGGAUGCGAGUGCGGGUCAGGAUAGGCCCGAAAGUAGCGAUGAUACGAAGACUGAGCCUCUAGAGGAAACUUCGGCGGAUGCAGUGUCCGUAAAGGAACCUGAAACUUCAGAAGAGCAGCCAGUUGAAGAAAUACUAGCGCCUAUCGAAACAACGGAAAGUUCAGGAGAGCCGGUGACUCAGGAGGGGGCAUCCCCUACAGAUGAAAACAUAGAAUUGGAAUCAACUCUUCCAGAAGACCAAGCAAAGAAUCCUGCCACUCCAGACACAACCGAUCCGCCUAUAAUCCAGCCAGCUGAAGCCGGGAACUCUGUUGAGAUUACUAAUGCGGAACCCCUCGAACGCGGAGAGACGCCUGGGGAAAAUAUGGACGUGAUACCCACCAAAGAACAUGGAGACAUAGAUGUACCAGAUUCCGAGCCUGAAGCGGUUGUGGCUAGCCAAGAGACUCCUUUACAAGAGACCUCCGUAGUUGAGAAACAUGACGGCGUCCCCGAGGAUCAGAGCGAUCACGAACCUCCAGAAACGACCCUCCCCACGAAAGAUGUAGCAUCUACACCCGAAACACCAGAGCUUCAGACUUCUACCCAAGUAGCCGAGAAUACCGAUAGCAAAGAAAGCACGGAUGAGCAGGUAAUCACAGCUGCUGUGCCCGAGAACCCGCCUCUUGAGAUCAAAGAGGCCAGUCUGCCCGCUGACAAGGUUGCUGUCGACUCUCUUGCUGGGGAGACCGCUCCUACUCCUGAACGGGACCGGCUACCGCCGAAGACGCUUCUACGAAGAAGGCCCUCGAUGAAGACCCCGCUGUCAAGAAUGCCACCGAGAGCACGGCUGCUGUCCAAGAACCAGCUUCUGUCGAACAAACCCCUUCCGUAGUGGAGGCUUCCACCCAAGCUCUCGCCCAAGAACCCACUUCUCAAAAUUCUAACGAGGACUUCAAUUCUGAAAUUCCGACUAUGGACCACCACAUGGGAGAAUCUUCUACAAAGGAAAACCCUAUAAACGAUUCUGUCGAGGAGGACGCU